GCUGGGUGUCUGUCGGUCGGAAAGUGAACUGUGUGUUUGGCGUGCUACUGCUACUGUCGGAGUUUUCCCCUGUUGUCUGUCUUUCGUUAAGUGUUUUCGUCGUUUUUUUACUUCACUCGUAAGCUUGUACCUUUCUAAUUUAGAAACCCAGUCCUGUCGCCGAUUUAUGGGCUGUUUUAGAAAAGUUCCUGAAGUGCUCUUUGAGGAACCGGUGGACGGCGGACACCACCGGAGAUGGAUAAGCUAACCGAUAGCUGAGUUGUUAGCCGAGAAUCACAGGUCAAGAAUAGGAUCAAGCUAGCAUGCUAACAGCUAGCUAACUUAGCAUUUAAUCGGCUAACCAAGUGACUUUGUUAACCUGUAACGUCAGAACUACUGUCUGUUGUAUCUCGGGCCUGGCUGCUACACUGUGAACACCGGAGGCCAGCUAACCCAGGAAGAAGACUCGGUCUGUAAUUUUAAGGAAAAAGACAGAAGUGUUGUUAAGAAGUGGCUGUUGUUCGCCUCUCAGCCCAAACCAAAAGCAUGCUAUCCAACGCACAGAACCCGGGCCAGUUCCUCCCCUUCAACGCGAGACCCUCCUUACAGAUCAAGAAGAAUGCCAUCACAGACGACUACAAGGUGACCAGCCAGGUGCUGGGGCUGGGCAUCAAUGGCAAGGUGCUUGAAAUCUUCCAAAAGAAGACUGGAGACAAGUAUGCGCUGAAGAUGCUGCAGGAUUGUGCCAAGGCCCGCAGGGAAGUGGAGCUCCACUGGAGGGCGUCACCUUGUGCCAACAUCGUGCGCAUCAUUGAUGUCUACGAGAACCUCUAUCAGGCCAGGAAGUGCCUGCUUAUUGUCAUGGAGUGCAUGGAUGGUGGUGAGCUUUUCAGUCGAAUCCAGGACAGAGGAGACCAGGCCUUCACAGAGAGAGAGGCAUCUGACAUCAUGAAGAGCAUAGGAGAGGCCAUCCAGUUCCUGCAUGCAAUCAACAUUGCCCACAGAGAUGUCAAGCCAGAGAAUCUGCUGUAUUCUACCAAGAGGCCCAAUGCCCUGCUCAAACUCACAGAUUUUGGCUUUGCCAAGGAAACCACUUCACACAACUCUUUAGCUACUCCCUGCUACACACCCUACUAUGUUGCUCCAGAAGUUCUGGGCCCAGAGAAAUAUGACAAGUCCUGUGACAUGUGGUCGUUGGGUGUGAUUAUGUAUAUCCUCUUGUGUGGAUACCCUCCUUUUUAUUCUAACCAUGGUCUAGCCAUCUCCCCUGGGAUGAAGAAGAGGAUCAGGAUGGGCCAGUAUGAGUUUCCCAACCCUGAAUGGUGUGAUGUGUCAGAGGAAGCUAAACAGCUGAUUAGGACCCUCCUCAAAACUGAGCCAACGCAAAGGAUGACCAUCACAGAGUUCAUGAAUCACCCGUGGAUCAAUCAGUCGAUGGAAGUCCCCCAGACCCCACUUCACACCAGCCGGGUGCUAAAGGAGGAGAAGGACGCUUGGGAGGAUGUCAAGGAGGAAAUGACCAGUGCCUUGGCAACAAUGAGGGUUGACUACGAGCAAAUCAAGAUCAAGACCAUUGAGGACUCGAAAAACCCACUGCUAACGAAACGGAGGAAUAAAGCCAGUAACCCCAUGCAGGACCCCCAGUCUGCUGCCCACUGAAAGAUGCACGCAUGCAUGCACAUACAGACACAGGUUGUAAAAAGGAAGCAAUAAUUUGUCGACAUGUGAGUCGCGUUGCAUGGAUUUUCUCAGUGUUUUAUUUUUUCAUGGCAAAUUCUAAUGUUUUGUAGGAGUGUUUGUUUUUAUUACUCUUCCAUUUUAACAAACCCACCACUCUGCUCUGGCAGAGAGGAUGUUUAUCUGUGUUUUGACACCAGUAAAGAGAUUAUGAAAUAUAGAAAAGGAGAGGAGAGGGAAUCGGUGAGUUCUCUCGCCUCUCCUUUCCCAAAUAUCAGGUUGUGUACUCGGAGGGGCUUGAAUGUUGGGAUAUGACAUGAAGCCUUAGCAUUAGCAGUAGUUCUCUUUUACCCAGCAGCCCUCGUUCAGCUCUUGCCCCAAACCUUUGAAUGUUAAAUCAAAUGGCUAAAUCCCAAAAAGAAAAGCAAGGGAAGGUUUCUUUUACAUCGUAAAUGCAACGUUAGCAGAUGUAUUUUGAAGUGGAAUGUAAAGACUCUGUCCCUGACAGUUAAGAUUAGCUUGAAAUAGUCACUUAUUUCUGGGACUUGACGUGGGAGUGUCCGUCAGGUUCAGUUUGUCUUUGUGAAUGUCAUGAGGCCUAUGCACUCACAACGGCCGUGUGCCAUUCUGACAGAGCACCUCACUCGUGGCCCCGCUCUCCUACCUUAAUCUACGCUUGUUUUUCAGGUACAUAGUUUAUAAGGCAGAGAAGGACGCAACGUUUAGGACAGAAACCGGCCCGACUUUUUCUGCCACAUGUAGCUCAUAGGAGAGUAGGAGCAAACCGAUACUGUAUUUUUUCAUGGAUUUUAUGAACAUAUUAGCAUAGGCCUUACUAUCUAAAGCAGCAAAUUACUUUUAACCCCUACCCACCAUUUGGUUCAGGCUUUUACCAAUGUUAUGCUUCCCAAUUUAUAACAUUGCAGAUGAUAUAUCAGGUUAAUAUUAUGCAGAUAUGUCGGUCAGCUUGAAGUACUGCUUGGACCUUUUCCUUAGUGUGGAUUUCUGUUUGCAGAAGUGUUGGAGAGAGAAACAAUAAGGAGUGUUUGUGUGUGUUUAUGUAAUUAGUAGCGAUUCUUCUAGGGAAUAAUACAUGGUUCAGACAGACUGGGAAAUCACUUUUUACUUUUGCCAGCUUAACUUUGAGGAGGCUCAAUGACGAAGUCUGGUCAAACUUUCCUGGGAGAUUGAAAGGAAGUAGAAAGUACUUGGGAGCUGCUUCUCGUCCCAGGGCAGAAUCUCUAACAAUACCACCAGCAAGCUGUCGUCACACUCGAGUGUGAUGGUUGGUUUCUCUUCAAUGUUCUUGUUAACGCAACAGGAAGCUUCCAGCUCACUUUGGGAUCAUGGGAAAUGAUUGUGUUAAUGUUGUCAGUUUAGUCCACUUCACUUUGUUAAAUCACAUCCACAUUACCUGUCACAUCGCACAUACAAAUCUCUCACUGUAAAAAUGUUCAUUGAAUGUUUGUGACAAUGUUUUGUUUUUCUUUUCAUCCCAAACACCUAUUUUGUAGUGGAAGCACAGAAAUGUUUGUCGUUUUUUUUUUUCUUGUCAUCAAGUCUGUCCGGCUCCACCUGCUAUACUUUUGUCUGCUUCAGCUUUGGAUUAAAAAAACACAUAAAACACAAAA